GUGACAAAUUUUGCCGAUUUCGGUCAACCACAUUCAAAAGUUUUUGUAAUUUAGCUAAUAAUGCUGUCCUUCUUAUGAAACAAAAAGGAUCUAUCUAAAAUGCAUGUUCGAGUGCGAAUCUUUGGUAAACCCGACACUAUAGUUGUAGUUGAAUCUAAACUUACAAAAAUUGAACAAUUUAGGCGGAUAAUUAGAGAUAAAUUCGACAUAGAAACUAAGUUACAACGGUUAUUCUAUGGAGGGAAAUUGCUUGAAGAUGGGUAUACAUUCCACGAUUACAAUAUUAAGCUUAAUGAUGUUAUCCAACUCAUGGUACGAGCACAUCCGGUGGAAAACAAUGAUAGCAAAACAUCUGAACUACAAAAUAAUGAUGAAAAGCCUAGUGAAACAUCAGAAGACAAUCCAAAGGUGUAUAGAGAUGCCGAAAGUACAUUGUAUGCAAUUGGAGACUUAAUAGAUAUGAGAGAUAGGGAACAAGGGGCGUGGUUUGAAGGAAAAAUAGUACGUAUUGUGCUUGAUCCAGAUGUGCAGUAUGAGAGUGAGAAGGAAUGCGAAAGCUUAGACCACAGUGAUAUACACGACAAAGAAAGCGAUCUUGAAAAUAAGCCACCAAAUGAUAGUUCUGAAGAGGAGACUAAAGCUAAAAGAAAAGGAAUUGCUAAGUAUUUCACAAAAGCAGGGAAAGGUAGAAAGCAAACAAAAGAAGUUAAAGUGCAAAAAGUGGAAGUUACUGAUGAAAAUAUUUUGUAUAAAGUGCAAUUGGAUGCUGAUGAAGAAGAUUCAGAUUUAUAUUGCAAAUUAAAAGAAAUCAGACCAAGAGCUAGAAAGGAAAUAGAUAUAAAGGAUUUGAAACCAGGUCAAACCAUUAUGUUAAAUCAUAACACAGAUGAUCCACUAGAAAAGGGAUACUGGUAUGAUUUUAAAGUUGAUGAAGUUAAGAAGUUGCGUGUAAACUACGAGCUUGUUGGAACAUUAUAUUUAGGACCUGACUCUGUACCUCAAAAUGAUACCAAAGUAAAAGUUCAUGAUAAAAUAUUCGCGAUUGACGAACCAGUACCUGUAGCAGAUAGGAAUGAGGAAUAUGUAAAAAUUAUAUCAGAACCACCGGAGAAAAGAUCACAACCAUUAAAUUGUUUAAAAUGUCGUGACGAUGAAGAUGCGCCUUGUAAAGAGUGCGGUUGUUAUUUGUGUUCAGGGAAAGAAUCUCCAGAGAAGAUAGUUCUUUGUGACGAAUGUAACAAUGGCUUCCACAUGAAGUGUCUCACUCCACCGUUAACCGAGCUACCUGAAGAGGACUGGUACUGUCCAUCUUGUAAACGUGACCCAAAUGACGUUAUAGCCCCCGGGGCAGCUAAACAGACUAAGAAAACGAAUGCCUCUAAAACUAAUCGUGACUGGGGGAGAGGGAUGGCUUGUGUUGGUAAAACUAAAACGUGUGCAAUGCCACCAAACCAUUUCGGUCCAAUCCCUGGUAUCGAAGUGGGUAUGUGCUGGAGGUUUAGAAUACAGUUGUCUGAGUCGGGCGUGCACAGACCACCUGUAUCUGGAAUACACGGUCGAGAUGUUGAAGGAGCUUACAGUAUUGUAUUAUCUGGUGGUUAUGAAGACGAUGUAGAUAAUGGAAUAGAAUUCACAUACACUGGCAGCGGAGGCCGAGAUCUCUCUGGAAACAAGCGUACCGCUGAACAGUCGUGUGACCAAACACUCACAAGAGAGAAUAAAGCUCUGGCUCGUAAUUGCGCUGUGAAGGAAGUAAGUGAAAAAGGAGCUGACGCACAAGAAGCAUGGCGAGAAGGCAAGCCCGUACGAGUCGUACGGUCUUAUAAAAUGCUUAAACAUUUUCCGAAAUAUGCUCCCAAAGAGGGAAUACGGUACGAUGGUAUUUACAAAGUUGUUAAGUAUUAUCCUGAAAAGGGUCUAUCUGGGUACCGUGUCUGGAAAUAUCUCUUAAGAAGAGACGAUCCCAGUCCAGCACCAUGGGAACCGGGAGCCAAGCAGUUUCCUAUUGUGUAUCCAGAUGGUUAUUUAGAGGCGGAGGCAGAGAAAAAGGCUUUAAAGGAAAGGAGUAGCAAAGCAAAAGGAAAUAACAAAAAGAGAGCCCUCCGAGAAAGUAACCAGAGUUCAUCAGAAUCUGAUGUGUCACCGCCUCUUAAGAAAAGAAAAACUCGAGAGUUUAAAAAGAAAGGUAGUCUAUCAUAUCAACACACUAAAGAAUCUUUUAGUCCAAAGUCAAAAAUACCGAGUAUGUUCACAAGGAGUCCUAGAUCCAAAAAUAAGAAAGAAGAAAAUGUUCUCACUUUGGAUGAGAAGGAAGCUAUUGAUUCUGAUACAUUAAAUUCUAAACUAUGGGGUGAAUGUCUGCGUGUUUGUGAGAAGCAAGGGAAAAAGGAGUUCAUAGAGCACGUGACGCAGGUUUUUCUAUGCAUUAUUUGCCAAGAAGUAGCGGUCAGUCCAGUCACUACACCAUGCUUGCACAAUUUUUGUAUGGCAUGUAUUAGGCUAGCAUUCAAGUCAACUGAGUCGCAAAACUGUCCGUGCUGUAGACAAAACCUAUCCAAAGUGGAGUUGCAACCAAAUGAAAAUCUUAAAACAGCUUUACGAGCUAUUUUAACUGGAUACGAUGCAGGCAAGAAAUAACACUAGUAUUGAAUGCAAAUAUUCGUCGAUAGCUGAAGUGUCUAUUAUUUUACAGUUUAACGAAUGUGUCAAAUUUACAAAUAAAAAUAAAUAA